UCAUCAUCAUCAUCAUCACCAUCAUCAUCACCAUCAUCAUCAUCAUCAUCAUCAUCAUCAUCAUCAUCAUCAUCAUCAUCACCAUCAUCACCAUCAUCAUCAUCAUCAUCAUCAUCAUCAUCAUCACCAUCAUCAUCAUCAUCAUCACCAUCAUCAUCAUCAUCACCAUCAUCAUCAUCAUCAUCAUCAUCAUCAUCAUCAUCAUCAUCAUCAUCAUCAUCAUCAUCACCAUCAUCAUCAUCAUCACCAUCAUCAUCAUCAUCAUCAUCAUCACCAUCACCAUCAUCAUCAUCAUCACCAUCAUCAUCAUCAUCAUCACCAUCAUCAUCAUCAUCAUCAUCAUCAUCACCAUCAUCAUCAUCAUCACCAUCAUCAUCAUCAUCAUCAUCAUCAUCAUCAUCAUCACCAUCAUCAUCAUCAUCAUCACCAUCAUCAUCAUCAUCAUCAUCAUCAUCAUCAUCAUCAUCACCAUCAUCAUCAUCAUCAUCAUCAUCACCAUCAUCAUCAUCAUCAUCAUCACCAUCAUCAUCAUCAUCAUCAUCAUCAUCAUCAUCAUCAUCAUCAUCAUCGUCGACAUCAUCAGCAUCAUCCCCAUCCUCUUUCUCCUCCUCUUCCUCCUCAUCCUCAUCCCCAUCCUCAUUAUCCCUACCCUCCUCCUCCUCCUCCUCCUUCUCCUCUUCUACCUCCUCUUCCUCAUCCUCAUCUUCCUCAUCCCCAUCCUCCUUCUCCUCCCCUUCCUCCUAUUCCUCCUCAUCCCCAUCCUCAUCUUCCUCAUCCCCAUCCUCCAUCUCCUCCUCUUCCUCCUCUUCCUCCUCAUCCCAAUCCUCCUUCUCCUCUUCCUCCUCAUCCUCCUCUUCCUCCUCAUCCCCAUCCUCAUCCUCAUCCUCAUCCUUAUCCCCAUCCUCAUCCUCCUCAUCCCUA